AUGGAGGACGAUCAAGAGCUACCAUCGAAUCAUGAGAACUCAGAGUCAUCGCCCAGGUCUGUAGCGCGACGUCGUCGGCCACCAUUGUCAUGUACAGUUUGCAGACGGCGCAAACUCAAAUGCGAUCGGGCAUUUCCAUGCAGUCAAUGCAUCAAGUCCAAGACCCCUGAAUUGUGUGUCUAUGUAAGGUCUCAGACUGGCCAUGUGUCGGGCAUUCCACGCGUCGAGGACCAAGACAAACUCCUGGACCGCACAGCGACGCGACGUAGUCCAGCUUACAGCGGUGUCUAUGUCUUUGACUCGAAGAAUCAGCCAUCUCCAAACAGAGUCACUAAGUCCAAGAACCGCUCUGAUGAGCUGCAGGAGUUGCGUAAUCGCGUACAGGUUCUGGAACAUGCCCUGGCCAGGACUGGCCCGAUCCAGACGCCAGAGACUCUUGGUACUGUGUCUUCGGCUGUGUCAGAUGCAGGACUUCGACCGGCGGGAGACGAAAACUAUCUCAGUGACCAAGUCAGGUCCUUACCAUGGCCUUGCUUCCGGGGCAAAAAGACGAAAACGACGUAUUGUGGUCGUUCUCAUUCUGUGGUAGCCAUCUCGUUUUUCAGGGAUGUCGGUGACUUUUUGAAACAGCGAAAGUCGAAGCGCAAGGAAGAUUCUGGGUACGGUAGUUUGAAGCAAUUUCGCCGUGAAAUGUUUUCGAAGGAGAAGCAAGACCAGCAACGUGCACGAAGCGAACGGGCGAAUUCGUUUGAGGCAUUUCUCCCGCCUCGACACAUUGCUGAUGAGCUGCUCGAACUUUAUUUGAGCAAUUUUGAAACCACGCAUCGGGUUCUUCAUAUUCCAUCCUUCCUCAAGCAGUAUGAAGAGUACUGGGCUGGAGGAGGAGACCCGGAUAUGGUCUUCCUGGCUAAGCUCUUAGCAUUGAUGGCUGCCAGUAGUUGUUUUUACAACUCUUCCACGAAGAUCAAUGGCAAGGAUCCUCUUUCCCAAGUUGUGGUGAAUUGGAUUGAGGCUGUUCAGACAUGGAUCGUCACACCCUCUGCUACAUGUAGCCUUGAUUUUGACAAGUUGCAAGUACAUUGUCUGCUGAUGAUUGCGCGUCAAGCAAACGCCAUCGAAGGAGAUACAAUCUGGAUAUCGUCUGGCUACCUGCUACGAUCCGCUAUGUCUAUGGGCUUACAUCGUAAUCCACUGCGCUUCCAGAAAAUGUCAAAAUUUUGGGCUGAAAUGCGGCGUCGUUUGUGGGCAACAAUACAAGAACUUGACCUACAGUCAUCACUGGAUGGAGGCAUGCCGCCUUCGAUUGAUUUGGAAGAAUAUGAUUGCGAUGCGCCUUCCAAUUAUGACGAUGCAGAUCUUUUUGAAAGCAUGACAGAAGAUUCAAUUCCUAAGGGGCCCAGUGUCCUCACUCGAAGCAGCUUCCAGGUCCUACUCUCCUAUUCAUUCCCCAUACGAGUCCAAAUAGCACAGCUUGUCAACCGUUUGAGGUUCAAAUUAUCGUACGAUGAAGCCUUGCGGCUGAGCGAGCAGCUGACGCAGUCAAUCCAUGAGGCGAUGUCUUUGUUUCCCACUGAGAGGUCAACUGGAAACAUAUCUGGGGUUCGGAAUCCUGCAUUUACCAAAUCAUACUUCGAUUUCAUUAUGCGGAGAAACUUGCUUGUUCUCCAUCGGCCCUUUUUCUUGAGCAUUAUGAGAACUCCAAAAUUCGCCUAUUCGCGAAAGGUUUGUCUCGAUUCUGCGCUGGAGAUUCUCUCCCAGCUAGAACUUCCGCUUCAGGAUCUUCCCGAGGCUAAGCCGAAUCCUCAUCUUGGGAGUCUGACGGGUGGGAUGUUCCGCGAGGAGCUAUUUCAUUCAGCUAUGAUGGUGUGUGUUGAACUUUCGCUGCAGGCUGAUGAGCAGAGGCAGUCUAGGUCCUUGUUCCCAGGCCAAAGUAGCGUCUUGAGCUCGCUCAAUGAAAUAGUGGAAUCGCAGCAAACUAUCAUGCUACAUGCUGUUGAAGCUGCAAUCAAUGUCUUUGGUACUCGAAUUGUAUUCGGAGGAAAGGGGUCCAAACAUUAUCUGUUUUUGACACUGGUGCUCGCAUCGGUGAAAGCGCGGUUAAAAGGGGAAGACCCAUAUGAAUCCAUCGAACGAUCUGCGAACAAGGCCAUCAAGGACUGCCGAUUGUUAAUGAGGGGGGUACCUUGGAGUGAAGUUCGAGGGCAAAAUGAAAAUACCCCAGACCUGGUACCGGCCCCUAAGUCCAUAUCAAAAACGACACUUUUGCUAAUCUCGGCACCCCAGAUGGACGACUCUGCCACGAAGCUCGAUGCUAAUAACGAAUCCCUUGAUAUUCCUUUUGACCCGAGCUGUUUAGUCUCAACCUCUAUGAGUGAUGUCCCAGUAUGUCCAAGUCAUUCCAUCCUGUUAACCAAAGAGGCUAACCUCUAA